CCAUUUGCCCAUCCUUUGACCCAUUGGGAUGCACGAACAGUGCAAACAUAAGUAUCCAAUUUUACGUUUUCUCAGUUUCAUUUGCAUUUCCUAGAGAGAGAGAGAGAGCAACAAAAGCAGAAGAGAUGUUGGGCGUGUUCAGCAGCAGCGUGAUGUCUCCGCCGGAGGAGCUGGCGGCUGCGGGCCAGCGGACCCCGUCGCCAAAGACAACGGCUGCAGCGCUGGUGGAGCGGUUCCUCGAAGCCAACCCUUCAGCCGCGUCGGCACGGAUCGGAGACCACGUCUGGCUGGCCUACACUCACCAUAAAGAGUCUCCGUUGCUUCCCAGGCAUAGCCGAAUGUGCAGAUCAUUUGCGGUUAAAGAUGAAAUCUUCUGCUUGUUUGAGGGAGCGCUUCACAACCUGGGGAGCUUAAGGCAACAGUACGGGCUCGCAAAACUGGCCAACGAAGCAAUGCUUGUGAUCGAGGCUUACAAGGCUUUGCGCGACCGGGCGCCGUACCCUCCCGACCACAUGGUCGGGCACCUGAACGGCGAUUUCGCCUUCAUCGUGUUCGACAGGUCCACCUCCACUGUGUUUGUUGCCUCUGAUCAAGUUGGGAAGGUCCCUCUCUACUGGGGGAUAACUGCUGAUGGGUAUGUGGCUUUUGCCGAUGAUGCUGAAUUGCUCAAAGGGGCUUGUGGAAAAUCACUUGCUUCCUUCCCUCAAGGAUGUUUCUUCUCCACAGCAGUUGGGGAGCUGAGAAGCUACGAGAAUCCAAAGAACAUAAUCACCGCCGUGCCCGCAAACGAUGAAGAGAUCUGGGGCGCAACAUUUAAGGUGGAAGGACCGGCAGUUCUGACAGCCGCAGAUAGAGGAGCGCGCAGCUAAACAUGCAAAUUCUCAUUUGGGCAGAGACAAUUUCAUGUGGCUGUGACAGUGGAGACCAUGGAAACGACCCCGAAUCUAGCUAUCUUAGUGGUUGUGGCCAUGUAAAAGUUGCAUUCUCAGUAAUGUCUCUGUUUUAAUUUCAGGUGCACUAAAACUAUCUGUACAGCAGCGACUUUCUUUUGCAAUAAAAAGCCAAUGUAACCUCUUUGAAUUGGAUCCACAACUUUGAAAAAAGCAUCCAUGAAACAGUGAAUUUUCUUCAGGUUCAAUCA